AACAUAUACCAUCACACACAUCCAUCCAUCCAUACAUCCAUAGCAACCGACCUACUCUCUCCCCUUCCUAUAUAUCCCAAUCCCCACCUCAUUUCCAUUCCUUCAAUCCACUCCAGCAACCAACACCAAACACCCAAAAAGGUCUCACAGUUGUGUCUAGAAAGAUCCUAUCUCAUACCAAAUGGGCGAGAAAGUUGAAGGUGCGAAGAAUGAGGGCGAGAAGAAGGCCGCCGACGCCGGAAAGAAGGUCGACGACGGCUCAAACACUGUCGUUUACAAGACCGAUAUGCAUUGCGAAGGAUGCGCCAAGAAAAUCAAACGAGCUGUCAAAAACUUCCCCGGCGUUGAGCAAGUGAAGACAGAUGCCGGAGCUAACAAGCUGACGGUGACCGGGAAAAUGGACCCCGCCGCUCUUAAGGCGAGACUGGAGGAGAAGAUUAAGAAGAAGGUCGACCUCGUCUCUCCUCAGCCGGCCAAAAAGGAAGGCGGUGGAGGCGGAGGAGACAAGAAGGCGGAUGAAAAGUCCGAAAAGCCCUCGGAGAAGAAAGCCGAGGAGAAAAAGCCGGCCGAUAAGAAGCCCAUAGAGAAAGAGGCGGCUGCCCCCAAAGAGAGCACUGUUCCUUUGAAGAUUCGGUUGCAUUGCGAGGGUUGCAUCCAGAAGAUGCGAAGUAAAAUCUUGAAAUAUAAAGGUGUUAGUACAGUGAGCUUUGACAUGGCCAAGGAUCUGGUCACGGUGGUGGGCACUAUGGACACCAAAACUUUAGUUCCUUAUCUUUCGGAGAAGUUCAAGAGACCAGUCGACGUGAUCGCGCCGGCGAAGAAGGACGAUGGCGCCGGAGCCAAGAAAGAUGAUAAGAAACCGGCUGCUGAAGGCGGCGAGAAGAAAGACGGCGGCGGUGACAAAAAGGAAGAAAAGAAAGAGGGAAAGAAGGAAGCUGCCCCCGCAGGCGAGAAGAAAGAGGAGAAAAAGGAAGCUGCUGCCGGCGGUGGCGGUGGAGGCGCGGUGGUGAACAAAAUGGAGUACUCUGGUUACCCUUACGCGGCAUCGACAUCGUACUGGUACGACCCCGGACAUGUUUACAACCACAACAAGUUUGUGAUGGAGGCUCAGGAGCACCAGGCGCAUGUUAACCAGGGCUACGGGCACUACGCAAUGCCGAUGGAGCAUUAUCCGGCGCCGCAGAUGUUCAGCGACGAGAACCCCAACGGUUGUUCGGUGAUGUGAGAGAUCAACGUCCGGCGGUGGUUGAUGACAAUGAAGUUGAGGGCUAGAAUCGGAAUUUCAUAGAAAAAAAAAAAACUGUGUAUAAUAAGGAGAGUAUAUAAAGGGUAAUGUACGAGUUAGUUAAAAUACUGGUGGAAUUUUGGGUUACGGUUUAGGGCAAUAUAGAGAUAGACCGACCGGCCGGCCGGCCAGCUAGUUAGCCGGUUCAGAUGUUGGUGUGGUUGUUGUUCGUUCAAUUCUAAUCUUAAAUAUGAUUAAAAUUUUCGACUUAAUUGUUAUUUAUUCAUAAUUAUGAUUAUUAAAUACUAAAUCUUAUCGUUUAAUCA